UAAUUUAAUUUUAUUUUAAAGAUCUCUACAGCAACUAAGUGCGUCUUAGCCGCGGAGCAUGCGCACUGGGCACCUAGCUUAGCGUCAGCUGCGGUGAAGCUUAAAGCGGUUUUUCGUGGUGAAAGUAGUUGACAGUAAUACGCGGUUCUAAAUUAUAGCAUCCACUCGUUGACAAUGGCGAGGUACAUGCGGCCUCCCAACACGUCUCUGUUCGUCAGAAAUAUCGCGGACGAAUCCAGGCCAGAGGAUUUACGGCGUGAGUUUGGUCGUUACGGGCCUAUUGUAGAUGUCUACAUUCCACUUGACUUCUAUACACGGCGGACAAGAGGAUUUGCUUACGUUCAGUUUGAAGAUGUCCGGGACGCAGAAGAUGCUCUUCACAACCUAGACCGCAAAUGGGUUUGUGGGCGUCAGAUUGAGAUCCAGUUCGCCCAGGGAGACCGCAAGACUCCUAACCAGAUGAAGGCCAAGGAACAUGACUCUCCCGAGUUCUCCCGUCAUGAUGAUAACCAUGAUACUCGCCGAAGGCGGUCUCGGAGUCGCAGCUAUGAUCACCGUAGAUCCCGGAGCCCCUCGUAUGACCGCGGUGGUCGAAGGUCGGAGAGCCCUCGAGACUCUCGAUCCUACAAUAGAUAUCGACAGAGCAGAAGCCACAAAACUGACAAAACACGCCAUGAGCUAGGCUCAUGCAGCCGCUCCACAUCCCAUUCCUCUGCUUCCAGAUCCAGGCCCAAAGGUAAAGAGAGGCGCUCCAUGUCCCGUAGCCCAGAAGAUGAGUUCCAGCCAACCUCCAGCUCUCAGCAGUGCGAGAGACUAUCUUCAUCCCGCUCCUACUCUAGAUCCAAGCCACGCUCACGCUCCAGGUCCUGAACUGAGAAAAGGUUUUGAGGUCACUGACAGAUAAAUAAGAGGAUUUGGAAGAAAUUACUGUCCAAGAAUGUUUACACUCAUCUUUAAACUAAACAACUACAGUAUUGUGCUUUAUUUUUUAUCUUAGGUCUAUUCAUUAAAAAGGGAUCAGUUACCAAAUUAAAAAGGUAACAGCAGGAGCUCAAGUUUUUUUUUUUUUUUUUUUUGUGAUUAAACUAUGAAGCACAUAGCUGGUAAUUUUACAGUUAACAAUUUGAAGAUCUACAAAAAAUUGUCUACUUUCAGUUAUGAGUGUUUAAAUGCCUGCUUGUGCCUUUUUGGUUUCAGAAUUAUUAUCCAGUCCCUAGUAUCUGGUCUCUGUAGAGUGUGGGGCAACAGAGAAGCUACAGAAUGUAGUGAGCUGCCAUGUGUUUUUGUCAUUGACGACAGCUGCAUUUUUAUACCUUCAGAUAGUUGUAUGUCAAGUAUAAGCAGUAAUACUAGGAGUAUUUCAGGUCUUCAGUAUAGUUAUCCUUAAUGAUUGUGUGCUUUAUAAAUAAAGAAACUGAGUUUUCUAA